GAGCUUAAAGUUAAGUUUAAUUGUAAGUAUAACUAUAAGAGAGCGCUGUGUAAGGAUCCUAAGCUUGUAGAGAAUACUAAAGCUAAGUAUAGUAUCCUAGAUAAAGACACCCACAACUUUAAUAAAUCUAGCUUUAUAAUAGGCGUUAUAUCUACUAGUGCUGUUGUCACAGGCUCUAAGCGUUAA